UUGUCACAAACAAACUCACCGCAUCACAGACGAGUCAGACGACCGACCUGAUUUGCAUAAGCGUGUCGACCAAGACUCGUCGUCGAAAUGGGCGAAUAUGAUCCAACCCUCUUGCCCGAUCUGCUCAAGCCGUAUUACGACCGUCUCUUCCCCACAGACUUGAUGUACCGGUGGCUCAGCUAUGGAAGUGCCGACUACUUUUCACGACGUGAGUUCUCUUUCACCCUUAUGGGAGACGUUUACAUCCGCUACCAGUCUUUCGGCAGUAACGAGGAAUUUGGCAAAGAAUUGAGACGGCGAAAUCCCGAAAAAAUCGACAUUGGCGCAGUGUACACGCAGAAACCGAAAUCGAGAGAUAGCAGUUCGGGUUUUCAGCCUGUGGAGAAAGAAUUCGUAGUAGAUAUAGAUUUGACGGAUUAUGAUGACGUGCGAACUUGCUGUUCCGGAGCCAAGGUGUGUGAGAAAUGUUGGAAAUUUUUGGCCAUUGCAGUCAAAAUUUUGGAUGCUGCUUUGAGAGAUGAUUUUGGCUUCAAGCACUUGUUGUGGGUGUAUUCGGGACGACGAGGGGUUCAUUGUUGGAUUUCUGACACGAUUGCCAGACAGUUAGACAGUCAUGGGCGUGGGGCGGUCAUUGAAUAUCUUUCUGUGAUAAAAGGCGGUGAAAAUCAGGCAAAAAAGGUCAAAAUUCCAAACCCUGAAACACUCCAUCCAUUUCUUCAACGCUCAGUUGAUAUCAUCGACGAAAUGUUUAAAGAGAUUUGUGAUGAUGAUCAAAAUAUAUUUAAUACAGAAGCCAAUUUUAACAUACUUCCACUCGACGUAAAAAUGGCAGCUCGUAAUCCUGCCUCGAGAUAUGAGGACGUCUUCAAUUACAUUAAUGAUAAUAAAAAAGAAAAGAAAACACUUCGCCAACUUCACCCCGAACUUCUAUUGCAAUUCUGCUACCCACGGCUUGACGUUAACGUGUCUAAAGGAAUUAACCAUUUGCUCAAAUCUCCAUUUUGCAUCCACCCAAAAACUGGUCAAGUAUGCGUUCCAUUUGAUCCUAAAUAUGUGGACAAGUUCAAAACCACGGAUGUGCCGAGCAUAACUCAACUCAUGGAUGAAAUUGGUGAGCAUGAUAAAGCCAAAGAAAGUGAGGUGAAUGUGUUAACCUGGAAAAAGACAAAGAUGGCUCCAUACAUGAAAAUUUUCAAUGAUUUUAUUAAAAAGCUUGAAAAGGAUCGUGAAACCAGAGACAAGAGUGACAAUAACAAGGAACUAUUCUAAGAAUGCUGCGCACCAAAUUUCAGACCAUUCGUUUCCUAUUGUAUUUCAUACAUAAACAUGAGUGAAGUAAUUCCGUUGUAUUAAAUUAAACUAAUACUAUGUUAUAAGUUAUGUGCGAGUGUUUAUCUUUAAGUGCACUAUUCUAUAUUUCCUCGUUUUCGAUGCAAGAAACGUACGUCAUUUAUUACGUGACUGAACUUAUUGGGUUGUAAAAAUGAACGGACUUUUGAGUAUUGUUGCACUAUGUUAAGUACAUACACAUAUGUAUGCAGAGAGAGACUAUGACACAAACUAACAAUAAAUAGAGAGACUUUGUACAUAUGUAAAUAAAUACGUAAUAAAGUACCAUCUAGACAUUUAAAGUUUAAACUA